CCCUCCACUGAGGGUGGGUGGGGUGGGCCGGCCGGGUGCUGCCCAGGACGAGGUGGACACACGCCAUGAACACCAAUAACACGACCCAGGGCCGCGCAGAGCUGAACCCCUGGAAGAGCAUCCCCGUGGGAGUGGUCCUCAUCCUGCUCAUCUUCAUCACAGUGGCGGGCAACGUGGUGGUGUGCCUGGCCGUGGGCUUGAACCGGCGGCUGCGGAGCCUCACCAAUUGCUUCAUCGUGUCUCUGGCUGUCACCGACCUGCUGCUGGGCCUCCUCGUUCUGCCCUUCUCGGCCCUCUACCAACUCACCUGGAGCUGGGAUCUGGGCCCGGUCUUCUGCAACAUCUACACCAGCCUGGACGUGAUGCUGUGCACGGCCUCCAUCCUCAACCUCUUCAUGAUCAGCCUGGACCGUUACUGCGCCAUCACCGACCCCCUGCGCUAUCCGGUGCGUGUGACACCGGCCCGCGUGGCCGCCGCGCUGGUCUUCAUCUGGGCCAUCUCCAUCACACUGUCCUUCCUGUCCAUCCACCUGGGCUGGAACCGGAGCAACAGCACUGGUCCCUGGGACAGCAACACCUGCCGGGUGGAGGUGAACCUGGUGUACGGACUGGUGGACGGGCUGGUGACCUUCUACCUGCCCUUGCUUAUCAUGUGCAUCUUCUACUACCGCAUCUUCAAGAUCGCCCGUGAGCAGUCGAGGCGCAUCCAGCACUCAGGCUCCUGGAGGGCCGUGACCGUGCGGGAGCACAAGGCCACCGUCACGCUGGCCGCUGUCAUGGGGGCCUUCGUGGUCUGCUGGUUCCCCUACUUCUCCGUCUUCCUGUACCGAGGGGUGGUGGAUGACGGCAUCAACCAGGUGGUGGAGGCCGUGGUCCUCUGGCUGGGCUAUGCCAACUCGGCUCUCAAUCCCAUCCUCUACGGGGCCCUCAACCGAGACUUCCGCACCGCCUACCAGCAGCUCUUCCACUGCCACCUGGCCAGCCACCAGGCCCACGAGGCCUCCCUCAGGUCCACCAGCUCGCAGCUGGGCCGGACGGAGAGCCGGGAGCACGACCGCUGGGAGGAGAAGCCGCUGAGCCUACAAGUGCGAAGCGAGGCCCAUACGACUCCCCCACUGGGCACCACCAACAGGAAGCCAGCACUGACCUGUCCCAGCAACCUUCUGAGCUGCUGCAAAAGCCUGUGGGGGCUCAGGUUCCUCUGGAGACACCAGAGAAGCCCCCCAGAGGAGCAGUCAGGAGAACCACUGAGUGAGGAAUCACUGAAGACCCCACCCCAGGCAGGGGGGCGGACACUGCUGCCUUCUGAGGCUGUCUAGAUCUGUCCCACAACACAGAAGAUCUUGUUACCCAAAACUGAGAUGGGACUUCAAAAGCCUCCUGGACAUCAGAUGAAGCAACUGGCUCUGUUCAGAGGGGCUCAUGUCGGCGCUGGCAGAGACUAGAAUAGAGUCAGAAGGACCCUCGAAGCCCAGCAGAGAAUGCAACUUCCACACCGCUGCAACCCCUCUUCCUCCACAGGGUGCACAAGUGAGGGAGAGAAGGAUGUCAGACUCCAGGGAGCAUCUGUUGGCUGGGCCAGGGAGUUCACCUGCUGAAUGCACAGCCUCACCCUGGUGUGUGGGGCAGGAUGGGGGGGGGGAUCUAAAGAAGCUAAAUAGCAUCUGCAGAGCAUGAAGCUGAAGCUCAGAAGAGGAGACAGUAAACAAGGAUUGGAGCUGAGGGUGUGAGUGGAUGGGUUAACUAAUGGGCAGAUGAGUGGAAGGGUGGAUGGAUGAGUUAGUGAGUAGAUGAGGAAUAAAUUAGUGCAGAUGAGUGGAUGGAUGAAUGAGUGCAUGAAUUAAUGGGGACAUGGGUGUAUGAGGGAUGGGUGCAUGUUGGUGUAGAGAUCUGUGUAUUGGUGGAUGGACAGAUGGAAUGAUGGAAAGAUUACUGAAUUAAUGGAUAGAUGGAUGAGUAGAUGAAUAAGUAGUGAAUGGGUAGCUGAAGGGAUGAGUAUGGAUGGCUUGGUGAAUGAGUGAAUGGAUGAAUGGACAGAUGGGCAAGUUAAUGAAUUAAUGGAUGUUUGAGUGGAUGGAUGGGUGGAGAAGUGAAUGAAUUACUGGGUGGAUUAACAAGUGAACAGAUGGAUAAGCAGAUGAGUGGAUGGACAGAUGGUCAGAAGGGUAAAUGGGAAAUCAGAUCUCAAGCCCACGCUCUUGACAUGACACUACACUGCCUCUCAGGAGAGAGCUCAAGACCCCUUGACUCAGUCUCCUCUCCUGCUCCCUGGAGCCUGCACUGGGCAUGGUGUGGGGUUUCCCUCCAACGCUGCAGUUCUGAUCUUCUCCGGUGCUUAUUGUCAACAUGAAGAUGAACUGUGGAGGCGCCAGGGAGGCAGAGGUGGAAGAUGGGGAAGUUGAGCCCACAGCGCCCUCUGCUGAAUCCACGACCUGAGCAGCCCAUGAACUUGGCACCUUGUGAUCACCACGGAGAUGUCCUUCACUCCCCACCCCGUUUGGAAGAGGGUGGGCACCCCAGAGAUGAAGGUGUUGUGCACCCCCUUAUCACCACUGGAACCCCUCCUGGAACCCACUCUGCCCUUGGGAACCAAGGCCUGUCCACCCCCAGAGUCUCUUAAUCCUUCUUCCUGCUCUUGGGGUACCUCCAGGGAUGCCCCAUGGCCCAUUCUCCCCUCCCAGCGCAGACAUGGAAUUUUCCUUUCUUUGCAGCCUUCUCUCCUCCACACCCCUCAUCUAUGAGGAGACCAGGCACCUCCUUUCCUCCAAGACAGCCACAUCCACACCGUCUCCGUGGUCUUUAUGGCUUCUGUGUGAUGGAUUAAUCCACACCUGUGCUCUGACCUUUUGUCCUGCUCGUUGCCUUCUGCCCUUCCUCCAGGAGCCCACAGGGAUGACCCAGUCAUGCCAUCCACUCCAUCCACGGUGCUCCCCUUGUCCUUACAUGGGGACAACUGAGGCAGAUUCCUGGCAGCACUCAAACUCCACUGCCCACAUCCAUCCACCCAUUCUACCACCCCACACACAUAGCUGAGGGGACUGCUGCAGGGAGAAACAGGGUGUGCAAAAUGCACAGCCAGUCUAUGAACACAGGAGAACACGUCUUCCAGGGAUGCCCUGAGACCUCAAUCUGAGAUACCUCAUCUUUAGGGUCUCUGACCUCAGGGCUGCCCCACACCCUAAAGAAAAGGCAAAGUGGUUGUAUUUCAUAUCAAUCUUAUGAUAACCCAACUCUUGUUUGCCCCUCUGGCCACGCCAUGUGAGGUUAGGGGGUCCUGCUAGUUUUUGUAAGUUCUGGUGAGUCCUCCAAGAAGAGUAUUUGGCAUCUGGCUGGCAUUUGAAGUAGUUUAUGUGCUGACACACUGGAAGGAAUGAUUACCUUUAUUCCCAAAGCCUCCCAGCUGCCUCUGAUCUCCGGGGGAGUUUUACCAGGGGUCUAAACAGGGGAAUUUCAGAGGCAUGGCCACAUCUUGGAGGGGUAAGGUGCGGAUGGCUGAUUGCAGACCCACCCCCAACUCAGCCAGGGACUCUCCCACUCCCACUGCCCAUACACUCACCUGAUCUGUCUCUGAACCACUCCUUCAGCCUCUGUUGCCUAUGGAAGUGGGGUGCACAACAACCCAGGGAGAGGCCGCUGCACUGGGCUCCCCAUCCAUGUUCUGUGUCCCCUUCAUCACUCUUCCAAUAAAGCUACCAACACA